AUGCUUACUAUAAAUAUCUCUGGGAAAGACACCUGUUGCAUAGGCACGGGGAUUCCAUCCAAUUUAAGCUCUUAUAAGAUGUUUUGGAAUUGGGUCACUUUGUACCCAGUUCUGAGAGGUAAGGAUUCAUGGUCACUAGACAUAAGUGCAGGGGGUCUAGUAAGCGCUCUUCUCGUUAAAGUACAGAAAAUUACAGCACUUCCUAAGACAAGGAAAAGUAGAUUUGGUGGCUUCCUAAACAUGAUUGGCAUGGCUGAUUCUCCUGAUACUGCAAACAGUUGCAUGAACAUCCGAGUUAGUGAGGGCAAUGGUCAAGCGGCAAAGGCUAUCUGCAGUAGCAACCUUUGUACUACCUUUUUUGGUCAUAGGGUUGGAACUAAGAUGUGGAUCCCAGCAACAAGUUUGGAGGAAGGGUAUCAGAGUUUACCUGGGUACAAAAUGAUGUGGAUGCUUAACAAAAGGAUGACACAGCAGUUGAAAGCAUUGUUUAGGCGUUCCUAUUUUGGCCACAUUUUUGACAUGGAUUAG